CUUCCACCAUAAUCUGAUCUUUCGCUCGUUUUCUUUUUAACCGAUGGCAGCAACAAAAUCGUCCACUUCUACACUUCAUCCACGAUUUAUCGCUGUACUUCUUUUAUCUCUAUGUUUGUUAUUUUGGCUUUUCUUAUGGCUGUGGCAAGAUGAUGCUAGGAUGCUUUUACCAUCCAGGCUAUCACUGUCCAGUGCUGAUACGAGCAACGAGCCUUCUAUUAAUCCACCAGUUGCUGCUUCUUCCAACUCAAAUACCAGCACCUUGUGCAAUCCCGAAACCUUCAACAUCGGGAAGUGGGUCCAUCAUCCUCUUCACCUUAAGCAAAAUACCAUCAAAUCAUUCGAACAAGCAACAGGAUACCAUUGUCGGCAACGCUUCGCCCAUAAAUGUUACGCUCGAAGUGAUAACAGAGAAUUCACAAGAAGCAUACACAUCAUGGAUUAUCAGUGGCAACCAUCAGAAUGUGAGACCCUUCCUAUGGAGCCCUCUGCGUUUGUCGACCAUUUGCAGAAACAUGCGUUAUUAUUCGUUGGCGAUUCGAUCACACAACUGCAGUAUGAAAGUCUGCACUGUUUGCUAGGACGAUAUGUUACGCCAGCAAAGGUCGAUGAUAACUUGAGUGGAGGAGAUUCGCAUAUCAAAAUCGAUAAAUUGGUGUCAAAUCGAGGACCUUCGACGCCCGCGGACAAACCAGCCGUUGCGUUCUUGCGAUCGGACUAUCUUAUCCGCCUUGACGAUUUCAAAAUGAUUGGUCCUUUUGAGGAUGAAGGAGAUCAAAUGGGUCGCGGACAUAAUUUUCCAUGGGUACAUGCGCUAAACAUGUUUGACUAUAUUGUUAUCAAUACGGGACCACAUUGGCAUCCAAACCUGAAAUGGGGCCCUCAUCGUUCCGAUGAAGAAAUGCUGGAGUCAUUCGAGAAAGCAAUGGCGGUUGUCUUUGAUUAUCUAAAAGUGCAUGUGCAGCCUCAUCAACGUAUAUGGGUGCGGAGCACACCAUACGGACAUGCCAAAUGUUCGCAGUACACGUCUCCUCAAAAGACCGCUGUGGCACCCACAGGCCAACCCGGAGAAUAUGAAUGGCACAUUUUCAAAGCCUUUGACCGCGUGUGGAAGGAAUGGAUUACGAAGGAGCAAGAUGAGCGAUUCCAGUUUUUGAAUGUCAGUUUGUCCAACACUCGUGGUGACACUCAUUCUCGCCCCGAUAAAGAUUGUCUCCACACUUGUAUCCCAGGUCCUGUGGAUGAAUGGAACAGACUACUUUAUCAUGAAAUUGCCAAAUCACAGCUCCCAUCAUCCUGAUAACUAUCAUCACAACAUAUAAUCCUUGUUGUUACAUCUUGUAUAAUAUUUCAUUCUCAUUUUCAAAAACGAAUCCAUUCACUUUAUCUGACACGACGAGCUGCAAAGUUGGGAUUUCGACAAUCAUCGCGAUUCAAGUUUCCAGAAAAAAAAGUUAACGACUAGAGUCAGUUUUCAUUACGUUAGGUCAAGCACUCAUCUAUCAUCAGCAUAUUUGCUCUCAAAUAGGAAAACCAGAUGGCGUCGCCAUUGAUAUUUGGUGAAUGUUAGCUUGUUGCCACCCCCCGUGGUAGUUAAUGUUUUUCGGAAUAGGAUAUUCCUACAAUUGCGUUGCUAAGCAAUGUUGAGAUAGCUUUUGUUCUGAUAACCCG